GCUAGUAGAUGUUUGGUGCUGGAUCUUGUAAGGGGACAGAUGUUAGUGCCAGUAGAUGUUUGGUGCUUGUUGUGUUGGUAUUGGAUCUAUUGAUAAUCAUGCAGGGGUGGUAGAAGUGUAGUUGGAUUUGGAGGUGAAGGAGGUGGCAUUUUGUCAUAACUCAUAAGUGGUGAUAAGGUGGCACUUGGCUGUGGUAGUGUAGCUGCAACGACGGAUCUGGUGGAAUGACCAAGGAUGCUGUUCAUGAGCCAUUGAUCACAUCAAAAUCUUCGGCGAAAAGUCAGCAAAACUCGUUUAAAGAUGGCUGGAAGCCUGACAUCACUUCUAUUUUGCAGCUUGUGAAGCUGCUCGAGUUGAGGGAGGUUAAUCAUAUUGAGUUUUGCAAGAUCAAAUGCGUGCUUGAUGAAAUAUUGCGGAUGCAUAAGAACCCUGAGCUUAGUGAAAUCCUGAAAUUAUUGAUGGAUCCUACUUGGGUGGCAACUGGUUUGAAAGUUGAUUUUGAGACAUUGCCUUAG